GCCUGGGUGGUGGAAGGUACACAGACAAACUGGUGCUACGUCAAUCUGCUGGAUAUACUUGAAUGAUCUAGUUUGGUGACAGGACAUACUUAUUGGGAUUCUACAGUUACGAUGAGGCGUCAGGUUUAUGGGUGACUGACUCUACUGUGGGGGAAUCUAGAGGCAGAAAUCUUCAAAGUGCCAGAAAGACAGACCGUGUCUGGACCCAGAUCGUCACUACUGUACUUCUGCUACUGCUCUCACUAAACUACCAAGACAUGGUCCUCUGGAGUCUACUCCCAAUCUCCCUCUCCCUGGUGUCUCUCAUUGGCACAUGGGUGACGUAUGGCCUGGCUUACAGCUAUGACCAUGUGUGUUCCCUCAACAACUGGGCCCCUGGGAACCCCUGCGGAAACAAUACAACUAUGGCAUGUUGUCAAGUUCCCACCAUAAGCACGAGUGGAACAAGCUCACCAGAAAACUCUUUCUUCACAGCCACCAUCAAUGCUGCUUCAUUUCUGUUUAUGGUGUUCUGUAUCUUCCACCAUGCUCACAUCUUGGAGAGGAACAGUGUCCACUCCAUGCUCAGUAGAAUCGCCCUGGUGUUUGGUGGAGUGGCAGCCAUCGGGGCCUUCGUGGCUGGGAACUGCAAUCCCGCGUACCUAACGCUGGCCCAUUACCUGGGGGCUGCGGUGAGCUUCCUGUGUAUCUGUUUCUACAGCCUGCUCCUCACGGUGCUCACAGGGAAGUGUGUUCUGACCCGGAUGGAGUGGUUCCUCUACCCAGCACGGGUCAUGUCUACUGCGGUCCAAAUCAUUGUCACUAUUGGCUAUGCAAUCUUGUUUGUACAGGAGGAAUACAUGUACAAGCACUCAGCGGCCGUGUUUGAGUGGAUACUGAGCGUCAACCUGGAGCUGUUUGAGCUCAGCUUCGUUGUUGAGUUCUGUUUCUUCUCCUCCUCCAUGUUGUGUAUGCUGCUGGGGAAGAAAGAUGAGGAGGAGCCUAUCCUUCUGGCCUGAGAAGAUAAGAUGCUACUGGGCUGGGGGAGACCCACUGUAAGAGACACUUGGGUCAUGUGAUGCAUGAAAUGGAAGAAAACGUUCCAAAACGGAGACCAGCUGGACUUGUCCAUUUAAGAGUCGGUUAAAAAAAAAUCACGUUGUGCCCUAAUGAAAUAACCCAGUAGUUUACAAACUUUUCUAUGUUGUGACCGAUCUAAAGCUUGUGGAAUUGGACCAACCAAGUAAAGGGAACAAUUGUUUGUAACCGGUUCUGGCUGCGACCAAAAAACGAAUCAGCUGAAUCGUCCACGACCCACCGUUUGGGGAAACACUGACCUAGUGGCAUCAAAGAUGGGGAUCAUACAUAACCUUUGAUCUCGUUCUCAGACCAAGUCUUAUUAUUGAGGAUGAUUUAAAAAAAAUAAUAAUAAUCAGGGCUGAAAACAUUUUUCUUAUGCAGUCCCUAAAUACAAAACGAAGCUUUGGAAAAGGAAAACUGUCAAUCCUACAACUUUCAUAGCCACUGAUGGACCAAUACCAGGACACCUUAGCAUUUGAGUAGUAGUCACUGUAAGUACUAAAAUCAUUAUUUCUAUUCCCAUGUUCUGAAUUGAUCAAGGUGAAAUUUCCUAUUUUAUGGGCCAUGGAGAAUUGUGAAUGAUAUUAUUCUUUCAAUGUUUUGUCUAUAUGUCUAAAACGUAAAGUCUUGGGGGCAUUACUCUGCCUUUGAAGUAUGCCAGGCAACAACAGAAAAAAGUUUUCGUAUAUAUUGUGUAUAAAAAUGUAACUGUCUGCAAAGUGAAGUAUUGAGGUGUAAUGUUGUGAUGGAAUCUGAGGCCAGUAAUCUCUCGACAGCUUUAACAUAAAAAUUAUGAUCAAGUAGCUGAUUUGGUUAUUGGUGUGGAGAUUAGAAGCCAGUGAUGAUUCUACCAUUGUGAACAUUAACCUAAUGUGAAGGAGGCAGGAAAUUCAGGCAGGUGUGGUGGUUAAGAUUUAUUAAUAGAGGCCUCUGUCUUUUGUGAUAGAUCAUUCUGGAAAGCUUUUUGAUGGCAGAACAGCUGGUUGUACAAGUUUUACUGCAUACCUGUCAGAUGAGAAGAACCCGAACAUAAGCAAUCAUUCAUCCAGAAACAAUGUAACUGAAAAUGUUAUGAACAGAACAAAUUUCUUAUCAAGGCAUAAUACUUUGUAUUUGUUCCUUCUUAUGUAUCGGUCUCAUUUUCUACUGCUUUUCUACAGUGUUCCUAUUCAAGGAUUUGUGCAAUGAUGAUUCACUUGUUUACAACAACAAUAUAUCAUGGACUAUAUGGUUACAUCUUAACAAAGUGGUACAUAAAUAAAUAGUGACAAACUGAUGUUUACUAAGGGUAUAAAUAAAUAAAAGCCUUUAGCCUAAUUCAGUAUGAAAAUAUCGACUUGGAAGGUUUCCUUAAAGGGCUCUUAAUUUUUGGAGGCAUUUCUUUUGCCAAGUGUAAUUGAACAAUAAAACGUGUGGAAGAUCAAAUCUAA